UGCCUGGUUGACACUUCCAACCAGAUAUAAGGAGGCUGAGGCCCCAGCAUCCAUAAGUCAGAUACCUUCUUCCUCUGUGGGUCCUCUAAGAAGUACACAUUCAUCUGUAGGAAGGGUAAUAGAAGUUAUCCGUCACCAUGAGUACGGACGCGGAGAUGCAAGCCUACGGCAAGGCUGCCAUAUACCUUCGUAAAUCUGAGAAGGAGAGGAUGGAGGCACAAGCCAUGCCCUUUGAUUCAAAGAACGCCUGCUAUGUGACAGACAAGGUGGAGCUGUACCUUAAGGGUUUAGUCACUGCCAGGGCCGACGGGAAAUGUACUGUAACAGUCACGAAACCUGACGGCACUAAGGAGGAAGGAAAAGAGUUCAAAGAGGCAGACAUCUAUGAGAUGAACCCCCCUAAGUACGACAAGAUUGAGGACAUGGCCAUGAUGACCUACCUGAAUGAAGCCUCUGUGUUGUAUAACCUCAAAGAGCGUUAUGCAGCAUGGAUGAUCUAUACCUACUCGGGGCUCUUCUGUGCCACGGUGAACCCCUACAAGUGGCUCCCUGUGUACGAUGAAGAGGUUGUCAACGCCUACAGAGGGAAGAAGAGGGUGGAGGCUCCACCCCAUAUCUUCUCCGUCUCUGACAACGCCUUUCAGUUCAUGAUGAUUGAUAAGGAGAACCAGUCCGUCCUGAUUACUGGAGAAUCCGGUGCAGGAAAGACUGUCAACACCAAGCGUGUCAUCCAGUACUUUGCCACCAUUGCAGUGUCUGGUGGCAAGAAGGAAGCAGACCCCAGCAAAAUGCAGGGGUCUCUUGAGGAUCAGAUCAUUGCAGCUAACCCUCUGCUGGAGUCUUACGGUAAUGCCAAGACAGUGAGGAACGACAACUCGUCUCGCUUUGGUAAAUUCAUCAGGAUUCACUUCCAAGCUGGUAAACUGGCUAAAGCUGACAUUGAAACCUACCUGCUGGAGAAGUCCAGAGUGUCCUUCCAGCUGCCCGAUGAGAGAGGCUACCACAUCUUCUUCCAGAUGAUGACAGGCCACAAACCUGAGCUAGUUGAAUUGGCGCUUCUCACCACCAACCCCUACGACUUCCCCAUGUGCAGUCAGGGACAGAUCGCUGUGGCCAGCAUUAAUGACAAUGAAGAGCUGGAUGCCACAGAUGAAGCCAUUACCAUCCUGGGAUUCACUAAUGAGGAGAAGCUUGGAAUCUACAAGCUGACAGGAGCUGUAGUGCACCAUGGCAACUUGAAAUUCAAGCAGAAGCAGCGUGAGGAGCAGGCCGAGCCAGACGGCACAGAGGUGGCUGAUAAAAUCGCCUACCUGCUGGGCCUGAACUCAGCUGAGAUGUUGAAGGCUCUGUGCUACCCCAGAGUGAAGGUCGGCAACGAGUAUGUGACCAAGGGACAGACUGUGGCUCAG